CGACCUAAUUCUCCGUCCUCUCCUCGUCCUCUUCCUCCUCCUUAUCUCCUCGUCCUCCCCCUUCACCCCUCCCCCCUCUUUUCCUCGUAGGAUCACUAGCUUCGUAGCUCCGCUUCGUCCUCUCAUGGCGAUCUCGAGCUCCUCGGAGCUCGGAUGAGGUCUCGCGUGGUCCGUCUAAAGAAGCUCCAGUAGCUCCUUCUUUAGCUUUGGAGUGGGGAUUUGGGAGCUGAUGCGAGGGUUCGCUCCUAUGGGACUGUAGAUCGCGGUGGUUCUGAGUUGGUUCGGCUUCUUAGAGAGAUUUAGAGUGUUUCGAGGGCGAUGGGGUUUUGGCGGGUUCGAGGAUUGAUGAAGAAGCGCUCUUGAGGGGCUUCGGCGGAAUUAGGGUUUUGGAGAUGAGCACUUCGGUGGGAACCCUGGAUCCCCGCCCAGGAGAAGAGAAGAAAUGCUUGAACUCGGAGCUGUGGCACGCCUGCGCCGGCCCCCUCGUUUGCCUACCGACGCUCGGAACACGCGUCGUCUACUUCCCUCAGGGUCACAGCGAGCAGGUUGCUGCAUCCACAAACAAGGAGGUUGAGGGACACAUCCCAAAUUAUCCAAACCUACCUCCUCAAUUGAUUUGCCAACUGCAUGAUGUUACAAUGCAUGCAGAUGUGGAAACAGAUGAAGUUUAUGCUCAAAUGACCUUGCAGCCUCUAAACCCGCAAGAGCAAAAUGAUGCUUAUCUUCCAGCUGAGAUGGGCAUUAUGAGCAAGCAGCCGACGAAUUAUUUCUGCAAGACUUUGACGGCGAGCGAUACCAGUACUCAUGGAGGAUUCUCCGUUCCUCGCCGCGCGGCCGAGAGAGUGUUCCCUCCUCUGGACUUCUCACAGCAGCCGCCAGCUCAGGAGCUUAUUGCUCGGGAUAUUCAUGAUAUUGAGUGGAAGUUCCGGCACAUUUUCCGAGGCCAACCAAAAAGGCAUCUUCUAACUACUGGCUGGAGUGUGUUUGUCAGUGCCAAGAGACUUGCAGCUGGAGAUUCUGUCCUCUUUAUAUGGAAUGAGAAGAACCAGCUUUUACUGGGAAUCAGACGUGCUAGUCGGCCACAAACAAUAAUGCCUUCAUCUGUUCUGUCAAGUGACAGUAUGCACAUUGGACUCCUUGCAGCAGCAGCUCAUGCUGCUGCAACAAACAGUCGCUUUACUAUAUUUUAUAACCCGAGGGCAAGUCCAUCUGAGUUUGUGAUUCCACUGUCUAAGUAUGUUAAAGCUGUUUUCCACACUCGAAUAUCGGUUGGAAUGCGCUUUCGUAUGCUGUUUGAGACUGAAGAAUCAAGCGUUCGUAGGUACAUGGGAACGAUCACAGAAAUAAGUGAUAUGGAUCCUAUACGAUGGCCAAAUUCUCAUUGGAGAUCAGUCAAGGUCGGUUGGGACGAAUCGACGGCAGGUGAGAGACCGCCUAGAGUUUCAUUAUGGGAAAUCGAACCUUUGACAACCUUUCCCAUGUACCCCUCUUUGUUUCCACUUAGGCUGAAGCAUCCUUGGUAUCCCGGUGUGCCUGGUCUACACGGAGACGAUAGCAAUGCUUUGAUGUGGCUGAGAGGUGUUGCUGGAGAGGGAAACUAUCAGUCUUUAAAUUUUCAGUCACCUGGUAUGGGCUCAUGGGGCCCACAGAGGGUCCAAUCUACCUUGCUGGGAAAUGAUCACGACCAGUACCAAAUGAUGGCAGCUGCAACGUUAUCAAAUGGGACUUCUAUGAAACAGCAAUUUCUACAUAUUCGGCAACCUUUGCAGUCUUCCCAAGAACCCAGCAAUAUAAACCUGUUAAUGCAGCAGCAAAUUCUUCAGCAAGCAAGUCAGCAGCAGUUGAUUAGUCCUCAGUCGCAACAUGUUUUCCACCAGCAAUUGCAACAACUGCAGCAGCAGCAGCAUCAGCAGCAUCAGCAGCAGCAGCAUCAGCAACCGCUCAACAACCAGAAACAGAAGAUUCAACAGACGCAGAAUUAUCAGGUCCCUAGCAGCCCUGUGUUCCAGAAACAGUCGCAGUUGCCCUCUCACCUUUGUCAGAAAUUUGGCCUUUCUGAUCCAAACAUGAACUUUUCAACAAUUCUAAAUUCUAACAGUGCUCAGAAUAUGUUAGACUCUAGUUUCCUUGAAGGAAGUUCGAAUAUGAUAGACUUAACUAGAAUAAGUCAACCUAUGAUGAGUGAGCAUCAGCAAUUACAAUGGGAACCAAAGCCAAUGGCAUCGCAUUCUUCAUCCUUUGGGGGCUCAGGUUUGCUACCAUCACUUGUGGGCAAAGAUGGUUCUGCCGGUAAUGAAAAUGAUGGCCAUGGUGAUGUAGCGAACCACACCCUGUUUGGUGCUAAUAUCGAUUCUUCCUCACUCCUCUAUAAUGUAGUGCCUAAUCUAACUUCAAAUGCUGGUGACAAUGAUGUAUCAACAAUUCCAUAUGGUUCUUCAUCUCUUCAAAAUCCGUUGUAUGGUUGCCUCAACGAGUCAUCUGGUUUGUUGCAAAAUUCAGGAGAGAAUGAUUCAACAAACAGAACAUUUGUGAAGGUGUACAAAUCAGGAUCAGUAGGAAGGUCAUUGGACAUCACCCGCUUCAACAACUAUGAUGAAUUACGUGAAGAGCUGGGUCAGAUGUUCGGUAUUCAGGGUCAAUUGGAAGACCCUCAUAGAUCAGGCUGGCAGCUUGUAUUUGUUGACAGGGAGAAUGACAUACUUCUCCUUGGAGACGACCCCUGGGAAUCAUUUGUCAAUAGCGUUUGGUAUAUUAAGAUACUCUCACCAGAGGAUGUGCAGAGUUUGGGAAAGCAAGGAAAUGAUCCCCGUUAGUCGUCUCAAAUAGAGCAGCAGUACGUGGUUCAAUGGGAGCAUUCACCAGUGUGGGUUUUAUGUUUAGAAGGCUCCCAACGUCAGGUUAUUUUGUACUAGUAGAGAUACGCUAGUCAGUAAAAUGUUCACGACGCCUUCGAAAAAUGCAGAUUUGUCUGUUUAGAUAUAAAUAUCUUUCUUAACUUAUAAUUUGCUGUGGCAUGUCUCUAUAUAUAUUAAACCACUGCUAUAGUUGAUAAGUUUUCGAUAGGGAUCCCGUGUGGUCUCUCGUGUUCCAGUUAACUGGUUGUAACACGAAAUAUUGAGGUGAUUCCGUAAGCUCUUCUAUUUCGGACAUUUAAGUUAUUUCCUAUUUAUUUAAGAGGUGUUUUUUUGUGUGUACAUUUAAGUUAUUUCGUACUUAUUUAAGAGGUGUUUUUUUGUGUGUA